UUCUCGAAAGAUUCAACCUCAAGGUUCACUGGUGGUCACUGUUGUUUUGAGAAAUGGAGGGAGAGAUAAGGGUAGGGAGGUCUCUGGCUGAGACACCAACAUGGUCAGUUGCAUCAGUGAUUACAGUCAUGGUUUUCGUCUGUCUAUUUGUAGAACGGUCCAUUUAUCGAUUCGGAAAGUGGUUGAAGAAGACUAGGAGAAAGGCUCUCUUUGCUUCCUUGGAGAAGAUUAAGGAAGAGCUGAUGCUGCUUGGAUUUAUAUCUUUGUUGCUGGGACAAUGGGCAAGGUGGAUUUCACAGAUUUGUGUGAAUUCCUCUCUUUUCAGCAGUAAAUUUUACCUUUGUUCCGAAGAAGAUUAUGGGAGUAAAGAGAGAAUUUUGAUCACAUAUCCCUUUGGAAAUGAUAGUGAUAUUCCACCAAAAGGGAUCAAUUAUCCAACAUCGCAUCAGUGUGGUAAGGGGCAUGAACCUUUUGUUUCGUAUGAAGGUCUUGAGCAGCUUCACCGAUUCUUGUUUGUUCUUGGUGUCACCCAUGUUUUGUAUAGUUGCAUUGCAGUUGGUUUGGCUAUGAGCAAGAUUUACAGCUGGAGGAAAUGGGAAAACCAAGCAAGCCUGGUGGCUGAUGCUAAUUUUCAAGCGAGGAAGAACAAGGUGAUGAGGCGGCAAUCCACCUUUGCUCUACAUCAUGCAUCUCAUCCAUGGAGUCGGAGUCGAGUUCUCAUAUGGAUGCUUUGCUUUCUACGACAGUUUAGGAGCUCAAUACAGAAGUCAGACUACUUGGCACUGCGAUUGGGUUUCAUCACUAAUCACAAGCUGCCUCACUCUUAUAAUUUCCACAAGUAUAUGGUUCGGAGCAUGGAAGAUGAAUUCUAUGGAAUUGUGGGGAUCAGCUGGCCACUCUGGGGUUAUGCCAUACUAUGCAUCUUCAUAAACAUUCAUGGUCUUAAUAUUUACUUCUGGCUUUCUUUUAUACCUGUCUUUCUUGUCAUGUUGGUUGGAACGAAACUCCAGCAUGUUGUCUCCUUGUUAGCACUUGAGAUUGCAGAGCUGAAGGGGCCAUUUACUGGAACUCAAGUAAAGCCACGUGAUGAAUUGUUUUGGUUUGGUAAACCACAAAUAUUGCUACGCUUAAUACAGUUUAUAUCAUUUCAGAAUGCUUUUGAGAUGGCUACAUAUAUAUGGUCCUUGUGGGGAUUCAAGGAACAGUGUUUCAUGAGGAACCAUGCAAUGAUCAUCAUUCGAUUAACUUCUGGGGUUCUUGUUCAGUUCUGGUGUAGCUACAGCACUGUGCCUCUCAAUAUAAUUAUCACACAGAUGGGAUCGCGGUGUACCAAAGCUUUGAUUGCUGAAAGUGUUCGAGAGUCACUCCAUAGUUGGUGUAAGAGAGUAAAGGAAAGGUCCAAACGCGACGCUUUGCUCUCCAUUACUACUAGAUCUACGUGUUCACUUGAAUCAAUAAUCGAUGAGAGGGACGAAAUCAUUACAGUUGCAUCUUGUACUAUAUCUCCAUGCUCUUCCUCAGGCUCCCUAAAUCAGCUAGAUGUAAACGGGGUGGUGCCAACUGAACAGCCAGAUGCUGCUAUCGAGACUUCGAACCAACCCCAUCAUGAAUGUUCCUUCGGGAUUCCAGAAUAUGCAUCGCAACCCCUGGCCAGUGGUGCAGAAGACGACAUGAACAACAGAGAUGGAGGCAAAGUUGAGACUCUUCUCGAUUUAUUUCAGAAGACAUGAAAUCUGCUACCAUUUGACAGACUUCACAAGCUGGAUAGCUUCAAGCCUGAUUUCUAACAUCCAAGUACUUUUCUUGGUUGAACCUUUGUAACAUCGAGUACCUCUCUUCGUCGAGCAUUUCUAACAUCAAAGUGUUUUGCAAUGUAAUGAAAACCCAAUAGAGGGCAGGGCUUAACGCAGCGGUAAGAUUGCUUCAUUGUGAACUGGAGGUCAACGGGUUUGAGUCGUGGAAACAAUCUUUCUGCUUACUGAGGUAAUACUGCGUACAUCUAAUUCUCUCAAGAUCCUUAAAUGGUGGGAGUCUUGAGUACUGAACACCUUUUUUGAUAAUCCAAUAUGCAUGUUGAUAGUACUUUAAAGUUGUUUCAGGUGAUAAAAAUACCUCCAUUUAUAUAUGAA